CAUAAAUGCAUAAAUAUAAUGUUUUGUCGCGCGCGUUUAUCGCACAAUAAACGCGUGGAAGAUAAAGUACCAUUUGUAUUUCAAAAAUUGAGAUUUAAUCGCCAUGUCCACUUCUGGCUCAAACUCAAAUACCAGUUCUAACCCAUCUGUCAAAUCAAGACCAGUCAAGUCAGCCUUGUCAGAGCGGACAGAAAAUGCGACUAUGUCAGUUUCUAAUGUAACAGAAAAAAAGACAACACGAGUUUCACAUUCUAAUGUUUCAAGAUCGUAUAAACUUAAGGAUAUCAUAAACGAGAACUUACAAGCAAUGACUGAUAUAAUAAAAACGCGUUCUGAAAAAAGCAAUACAUUUGUACACAAUGAACCUAUAAUACCUGAUACUAACUUUCAGACUCUAGUAGAUGAAACCUUAUCCGCAAUUUAUGAGCUGGAAAAGAUUGAAAAGUUGAUAGUAAAGCAAUUAAAAAUUGAUAAGGCGAUUUGUACCUUAAUUUUAAAAUUGAUAGAUUUUGGAUUGUAUACCAAGACAAUUGACCUGUUACAGAAAUUGCGAUCGCGACUUUUGGUUUAUUUCGAAUCUACAACUAUUUCUGAAGCGACCAAUGCAAUAUCCUCUAAUGAAAGUCUUACGCGUCAACCUGUGAUAAAUACCGCAGCCAUAAAAUCUUACGAAGACACGGCAGAUAUUGUGAAAUUAUUGGAAUUGUCUUAUUUUCCGAUUCCAGAAAAUAAUAAAAUUCCACAUAUUGAAAUAGUUUCAUUGAUUUUGACAAGUUUAAUCUAUGCGAUUCAAUGCAUAAUAGUGUUAGAAGAAGGAAAAUAUAUUAAGUUAUUGCCCAAAUAUUUAAGACAUAAAGGGAACCCAAUAUAUUGGGGACAAGUAUUGGAAUCAGUGGACCCGAUACAAUCUAAAACUCAAUUAGAACACCUAAUGCGUAUCAUCUCAAAAGCAAUUAGUAGACUUCAUAAUUUAGCAGCGGAGAAUGCUUCGAAUACAUUCUUAAAAUUAUGUUACUUUUACAUGUACGCAUUUGUCUUAACUAAACGACCUAAUUUAUCUACAUUUUUCGAAACUAGUUUAAGAUUUUCUCUUGGGUUUGAGAGAAAAUAUAAAAGUGAACAAUCAGCUUCAUUAUAUCAGGAAUUAAAUGCAUAUUACAAUGAAAUGUCGAUAUUGGUGAAAAUGUAUAUUCAAGAUGCUACUGAGUACCCACAAUUCCUUGUUUGGCGUAAUCACUAUUCAUACGUUGCUCGAAAGAACAAAAAUUCCAAGAAAUUGAUCGAAUUUCAUGAGUCAAUUAUUUGUUCGUUACAGGAUUCAUCUCAGUCUAAGGGUUCAGCACAAGAUUUGGAGAAGUUAUUACAAAUCGCAGAUUUAAGGAUCGAAAUUACGCAUUUUGCGUUAGAAAAUCUGUUGUACACACUACAAAAUGGAGAUGCGAUAAAACGAAUUAAAGAAGCUCGAGAUGCUUUUAAUGAAUUAUCACAAAGCAAUAUAAAGGAAAAGUUGUCCAUGAAAGAGAUCAAUGCACUUUCGCAGCUUUUCAAGGUUGUCGAAUUAAUUAAACAACCUAUCAUGAAAAUUGUUGAAUUCGUAGAAGAUGCCUCCAAAAAAGGACAUUCUGCUGUAACAGAUUCGAAACGAUUAUUUGAAAAAGAGCAGGCUCAAGUUUUGAUACAAGGACAAUCAUUUUCACAAGAAUCUAAUGAAGAAAGCGUCUACAAAUGUCUUAAGGAAUUAAUUCAUAUUAUUGUUCUCUAUUUUAAUUUCAUUUGUAAAAAUUAUUUUGGUGAAUAUAAGUCUAACUAUUUACGCGGAAGCGAUUCAUCUUAUUUAAAUCCUGAGAAUAUUGUGCUGAUUACGAUUGAUAUAUACGAUAUUCUUUCUCGGUUAGAACUUAAUAUAUAUCAAAUGAAUGCCUACGAAAACUGUAUGUCUUACAUCGAUCAAGCGUACCAGAUUGUUCAGCAUACAACAUGCAGAGAAGGGCUUCAUUCUAUUUUUAGAGCGUAUUGUCGCAUUGGCAACUUUUAUUACAUAAAGAAUCAGUAUCAUAUUGCCAAGAAACCUAUAUACAGUGCGUGUACAAUCUUGAUACGGUAUUUAAAUGAAAAUAAGGACUCAGAUGAGACCAAAGGAAAGAAUAAAGCUUCAAUGAAUGAAUUAGAAGAAUUUAAAUCUCGUUUGAGUGAGAGAUAUAAUAUGUUGGGAAGCUGUUUAAUUAAAAUGAAUGAAUAUGAGGAAGCCAGCAAAGCUUUAGAACAAUCUCUAAAAUAUCUUCCUAAACGAGAUUUCCUUCAGUUUUCGGAAUUGGUUUCAUCACAAACGGUUUUAUCCGCAUCUCAAGAAUCACCAUCAAUUCCUAACAUAAUUUAUCGUUAUAUCUAUUCAACUUAUUUUAAUUGUCCAGAUAGUGGAUUCACACCAAUUCAGGAUAUUUUCUUAGAAGCAGGAUAUAACUUUAUUGAUUUUGCAGGGUUGUUGGAAUACGAAUUGCGCGUAUUUAAGGAGCGUGUAUUAGACUCACAUAAUAUUCAAUUUGAUUUUUUAAAUGUAGAAAAGACACUAAUUGAUACUUUGUUGACUUGCUAUCUUCCUGAGAAUUAUCCUAUUCGACGUGCAAGGAUAUUAACUGAAAAAGUUAAAUUUAUGAUAUAUAUUGAAGGUGAUUCAGAUCAAAAUUCUACAUUGAAGUAUAUUGAAGAAGCCGUUGAUUUACUAAAAACAGAUAACUUUGGCAAGGAUGACAAUCUUAGACAUCUUUGUUCUUAUUAUCUAGCGACUGCUUAUUCUUUGAUUGGUAUUCUCACACUUGAGUGGGAACAUCGUUCUAACAAAUCAUUUGAGAGUGCAUUUGUAAUAUGGGAAAGUAUUUUAAAAAAAAUUCCUCCUUAUUUCCCUGGAAGCACUGUUAUGAGUAAGCACAUAGAGAGCACUAAGAAAAACAUUGAUGACAUUGAAAGGUUUUAUGGCUAUCUUCUGUUACUUGUGGAUUUUUUUGGAGUCAUGAAUGAACCAAGGAACAAAAUCAAAACGUUGAAUCUUAUGUUAAGUUUAAAUAAUGGAGUUAAAGACGCAACUGAUCGAUAUUCAGAUUCGGUAAAUUUAUAUACUCAGAUUGGUCAGACAUAUUUAAAUCUCGGUUAUACUGGUAGAGCUGGAAUAGCUUUCGAAAAAGCUAAAGAUAUCCUUGAUUCAAAUAUUUGUACGAGUGAAGUUAAAUUAUCGUGGAUGCUAGGAUAUAGUCAUUAUCUAUGUGCAAUUGGUAAUGUUGAUAAAAGUAUCUCAUUUUUUGACCAAUCAACUUUGGUUGCAAAUAUCAGACAGAAUUCUGUAGUUGCGACUGCUAGACGAAGAAAAAAUGAUCGGAUGUUAUUCGUGGAUGCUGCUUUCACGCGAUCGCGUAUUUUAAUACAUUUGGGUCGUUUAGAAGAAGCCAUUAGUAAUGUCACGCAGGCUAUUCAUUUACUUAACAGAAUGAUGAGGAAUGUUAAUUUUCACGGAAGACAUCAAGAUCAAACGGACACAGAAGUUAAUCCUUUUCUCGUUGAAAAUCAAGUGGAUAAUAAAUGCUUAACUAAGAUAAAUAAGGAAAUUUUUGGUGGCUUUUUGAAUUUAACUGCACAAAGAUGGAAAUGGAGCGUUUUACAGAUGCUUUUUGAAUGUAAUCACCAUCUCGGACAAUUACACAUCUUACGAGGAAGCAUAAAAGAAGCAGAUUAUUGUUUUCAACAGGCACUGGAAUUAAUUCAACCUAUUAAAGCAAAUGCGAGCAUAAGUCGUGUUUUAUUAAAUUUAGCCGAAUUGGAAUUUCGAAAAAAUUGCUGGAAAGAAAGUGAAGAAAAGAUUAAUCAAGCCAUUGAGUAUCAACAAAAGUCUGUUAUCUUUCGAAAAGAAACAGCUCUCGUAAAGUUAUGUUUCGGUGACUUCAAGUAUCGAGAAGGUGAUUUCAAAUUUAGACAAGGGGAUUUCGAUAAUCAGAUGCAAUGUUAUGACUUUGCAUUGGAUUAUUAUCGUAAGGCUGUUGAUAUUCUGACCAAUAUCAUGAAAGAAGAAUAUAUUUCUAAAAUUGAAUACCUGGACGCAAGUGUAUUACAAACGCCAAGGAGUAAAAAAUUUGUUUCACACUCGGACACGCCGCCAAAAAUCAAGCUUACAAGAGACGGCAGUAACGAAUGUUUUUUACUUUCAUAUCUUAAAAGUGAACUUUUUCGCCGCCAAGGGUUGAUCUUAAGUAAACGAGGCAAGAUCGAAGAGGGACUUAGAUUGAUUGAACACGAAAAACUUUCGAAUCAAUCAUGUCUUGAAAAGGCUGAACAUAUUUUUAUUUUGAGUAAAGUCAAAAUAAUGGAAAUUACCACCAAAUUAAUGAGUCAGAACCGCUUGUUAUAUGAAAAUAUCCGUGACUCUGUAUUUUCGUUACCAAUGAUGAAUAAUGUUGUUAAUAAAAAGUCGAAACAAUCCAUGAAAUUAACAACGUCAGCUACAACCGAAGAAAUUGACAAGAUGCUUGAAUAUUUGAUGGAAGUUUACGAGUUAGCAUAUGAGUGUGGACCAACACACUUGUUACAAGAAGCUUCUUUGUGCAUUUCGAUGGUAGUCAUGACCAAGGCCAGUCAAUUAAACAUUAUCCAAAGUGAUAUGGCUGUUAUUUGUUCAUUUUAUCUGGAAAUGACAAAAGCUCUUACAGCAAAGAGAGAAAUGUCUGCGGCAUUAGAUAAGAAAUUAAGUUUUCCUUUAUUGUAUGACGACAACCAAUGGCCACAAAAAAUUGCUAUGUUUCCUUCUGAGUCUAAUAUUUUACAGAAUGAAGAUAAUGAUUUAUAUGAUGACGAAACUGAAUCUCGUAGAAGUUUCUUAAUGGAUUUAACUCAGAGAUAUAAAAAUGAAUCAUCCUUAACUUAUAAUGAAUUUCAAAAAGAGUUUUUGGAUAUUUUGCCUCCUAAUUGGGCAGUUUGUUCUAUUUCCAUUGACAUCGAAACAGACGAAAUGUACAUUUGCCGAUAUCGACAGAAGACGACCCCACUCCUACUUCGAUUGCCAUUGAAACGUCAAUCAUGUAGAGAUGGAGAAAACGAUGGAUUAAGUUAUGAAGACGCACUUAAAGAAUUUAAUGGUAUUUUAGAUUCAUCCGAACAAAUUAACAAAAAUCCUUCAACAUCAAAAGCAUGGUGGAAAGCAAGAAAGGAAUUAGAUGUAAAACUAAAAGAUCUGUUAUUCAAUAUUGAGAAUUGGUGGCUUGGUGGUUUUAAGGGAAUAUUAAUGGCGGAUAGGCAGGAAUCUCCCAGUAGGAUAUUAAAAUUCAAAGAAAAAAUGGAUAAUUUAUUAUUCAGAUGCGAAAAUAACAAAUUAUCUGGAAAGCAUUCAAAAAUGAGAAAGCUUGAUAUUGAAACAGAGCUUUAUAAAUCAUUUCUUCGACUAGGGUCAAAUGCACAAGAUCAAGAUGUUGAAGAUAUUCUUUAUUUCCUUGUUGACGCGUAUAAUAAAUACAAUGAUCAACAGAUCGGAUAUGAUGAAAUAGACUUGGAUCAGCUUAUAAUGGAUGUUCAAGAGGCGUUAUCUGAUGAUGAUAAUUAUAUGAACUCUAAUUUCGAUAAUCAUGAUAAUCAACACGUUAUAUUAAUUCUUGAUAAAAAUGUGCAAAUGUUACCAUGGGAAAGUUUGCCAUGUUUACGAUUUCAAGCCGUUUCAAGAUUACCGUCUCUUUCGUUCUUGAGAGAUAGAAUCAUGCUAACGAAUCAUGUGAACAAAAAGGGUGAAAAUAAAAGGGGCGAAAAAACGGAAUGGUCAGACUAUGUCAUUGAUGUGAAUAAAAUAUUUUAUGUUCUUAAUCCAAGUCAAAAUCUGAAGCACACACAAAAUAAAUUUGAAGAUUUUGUAAAAAAUAUUAAAGGUUCGGACGGAAUUAUUGGACGGAUCCCUACUGAUCAAGAAUGGGUAGAUGGUUUAACAAAUAAAGAACUUUUUAUGUAUUUCGGACAUGGUGCUGGUGAAACAUAUUGUAAGAGAAAUAAAAUUAAAAAUUUAGAUCGUUGCGCUGUAACACUUUUAUUCGGUUGUAGUAGUGGACGAUUAAAGCUAGGAGGGGAAUUUGAUCCCUCUGGCAUAAUCCUAAGUUAUUUAUUGGCUGGAAGCCCAGCAAUUGUCGCAAAUUUAUGGGAUGUCACUGAUGUGGAUUUUGAUAGAUUCAGUAAAUCCAUGUUUAAGAAUUGGGGAUUAACCUCUAAUGAAGAAACCCCAACGAAACAAAAAAGUAAUGUAUCAUUAGUUCAAGCUGUCACAUUAGCAAGAAAAGUUUGUAAUCUUAAGUAUCUAAUUGGUUCGGCUCCUGUGGUUUAUGGUAUACCGUGUUAUUUACAAGGAAACAGUUGAAAUAUUGGCAUAAAUUAAUUUAGUAUUUAAUGUAUAACAAAGAGAUCUAUAUAGUUUAGACUGUUUAAUUUACUAACCACUCAUCAUUUAGAAGAAAGCAAAUAGAACAACCAAUAGAGCAACUAAUUAAAAUUGUUUUUUUUUGUUUAAAAAUUUAUUAUAAUUUAGUAUAUUGCUAUAAUGUCAUUAAGAAUAAUUUAGUAU